UUUUUUUUUUGUUUUCAAUAUACAACCUUUUUUUUUUAAUAUAUUCUUUAUGGCUUCCUCCACUUUUGGAUAUUCUUCCAAACCCAAAACUAUUGAAGUUCCUUUACAACAUGAACAAGUAUUGGAAGUUGUAUGCAAUGAUCUUCCUAUAAAUCCUCUUGAACUUACUGACAUUUUUCGACAAGAAGGUGUAGCACUUACUUAUUAUCGAGCCCUUGCUAUUGAAUAUUACGAACAAAAAAAGAUCAAAGAAAGUGUGUCUGUCAUCCAGACUGGCUUAACCUUGGCAAGUCAAACUCCUCAUACACAACCUCGACAAAAGCUACCUCUAUUGACCUUAUUAGCAACUCUAUAUAUGCGAUUAGCCAAAGCGGCCAAGGACACAACAGAAGGACAAGAUCAUCUAAACAAUGCUGCUCAAGCAAUUAACGAAGCCGAUCGUAUUCACAAUCAAUAUGAACAAACAUUUAUAGUCAAAGGAAAUCUAUAUUUGAUGCGUCAAGAUAUCAAGGAAGCAGCACGAUCAUUCGACAUGGUAUUAGAAAAACGCCCCAAUUGUAUUCCCGCAUUGAUCAGCAAAGCCAAGAUUCAUUAUCACAAUAAAGAUUACAAGGCAGCACUAAAGUCAUAUCAACAAGCUCUCAUGUUUGCUCAAGGUGAUGCAUCUACCUCCGAAACAAGACUUGGUAUUGCUCAAUGUUAUUCUCAACUUGAAAUGUAUGAUGAAGCAAAGGUGGCCUUACAAACUUGUAUAGAUAAGAAAGAUGCUACCACCGGGCCUGCAUUGAUAUUACUCUCUAUAAUCGAACAAAACGAAUCAAAGGCAGCUAUAGGAGGACCAACACAGCAACAAGCUUCAUUAAAAAGUGGGUUACAACAUAUGCAACAGUCUCAUUAUGCGGAUAAACAGAACCCAGUGACAUUGAACAUGUUAUCCAACUACUUCUUUUUCACUGAUGAUAUGGAAAAGGCUCUACGAACAUCAACCAAAGCAUUGGCAAAUGCUACCAACAAUACAACCAAGGCAGAAUCUUGUUAUCAACUAGCAAGGAUACAUCACAAAAUGAACCAAUUCAAUGAAGCUCUGACUUAUUAUCGACAAUGCUUGCAAUUGAAUCCUGAUCAUCUUUUGGCACAAUUUGGCAUAGGACAAAUGCAUUUGAAAAAAGAGGAAUAUGAUGUUGCAGUGGACAUCUUUGAAAACAUUUUGGAGGCUGAGCCCCAGUGUAUUGAAGGUAUGAAGAUUCUUGGCUCAAUAUACUCUUUAAUGGACAAGAAACAACAAGCUUUGAAUUUAUUCAAUAAAGUGUUGGAAAAAUCUACUCAAGAUGCACCUCUUUUGAUGGAAAUUGCUCAAUUAUAUGAAGAAAAGAAUCCUGCUCGUGCUCUCGAAUAUUAUCAUCAAGCCCUUGGUAUCAUAGAAAAGGACGAUUCCGAAUAUCUUCACAACAAUGCCAGUCGAUCUGAAUUGCUGAACAAUAUUGGUGCCAUGUAUCAUAGACAAGGUGAUUUGGAGAAAGCAGAGCAGUACUACAGUCUAGCCAUACAAGCAUGCGAUGAGAAAGUUCAAAACGGAAGUCAGAACAACAACAAGGACAACCAUGACAGUUAUGUACAAGACUCAAAGCUGACGAUUACAUACAACUUGGGACGUUUGUACGAAGAUCGAUUGGAAACCGACAAGGCCACAGCUAUAUAUGAAAAAAUUGUGAAUGAUUAUCGCUCUUAUUCUGAUGCUCACUUUCGUCUCGGUGCCAUGCAACAAGCAAAAGGGGAUACGACAGAAGCCAUCGAUCAUUACAAACAAGUGUUUGAAACGGAUGAAAAUGAUGCAAAGGCGUGGAUAAUGAUUGGACAGUGCCAGGCCGAGAAUAAUGACAAGACUUGCAAACGAUCUUUUGAAAAGGUGUUGAAAUCAUGCGACAAGGACGAUUUAUAUACUCACGUUGCUCUUGGAAACUACCAUGCUUCUACCGCUCGAGAAAUGAAAUCAGAUAAGCAAUAUAGUCAGCGUCAAGAAUCAUACAAAUUAGCUGUCAACUUUUAUUCUCAAGCCCUUAAGCGCGAUCCCAAAAAUGCGUAUGCUGCUAAUGGUCUUGCCAUUGUACUUGCUGAAAACAACAACAUUGAGCAAGCAAAGGAUAUUUUUACUCAAGUUCGAGAAUCAUCACCAAACAAUGCUUGUGUAUGGAUCAACUUGGCUCAUGUUUUUGUGGAAUUGAAACUUUUAAAUCAAGCAAUUGUCAUGUAUGAAAACGCAUUGAAAAAAUUCUACAAGAAUGGUGAUGCGAAUGUCUUAUUAUGUCUUGCCCGUGCUCAAUUCAUGUUAGCCAAGAAUGACAAGGAUCCUGAAAUCAUGUAUGAAUCUCUUCUCAAUACAGAACGUGCACAAAAACUUCAACCCGACGACAAAUCUAUCACGUAUAAUAUUGCCUUGGUACAACAACAAUAUGCUCAACUGAUAUCCGAUUUAAGCAUGGUAACACGAACAUCUGAAUCAAUGCGCAAGGCUAUUCAAGGUUUGGACAAAAGUCAAGAAUUGUUCCGCAUGCUAAUCAAUGUGCCUGAAGAAGAACAUGUACAAUAUGAUCGCAAGAUGGCAGAACAACGUGAACGGUACGGUGAAACUCUACGUUCACAAAUGGAUCGCAAGAUGUUGGAACAAUUGCAGUAUGAAGAACAACGGGAAACCAAAUUGAAGGAUGUGCGAUUACGACAGGAACAGCGUGAAGCCAAGCGACGACAAGAUGAAUUGGAAAAGUUACAAGCUGAAGAGGAUGAGCGACUACAAUUGGAAGAAGCCAGACGCAAACUGAUGGAAAAAGUACGAGAAGACAACUUGUUGAUGGCUCAACGGGAAUUGGAACUUCAAGAUGAUGAAGAGGAAGCGAAGAAAAGUCGAUCUAGUAAGAAACGAAAGAAUAAGGAUCAACAGGAUGAUGGUAUUGUUUACGAUGAUGAUGAAGAAGAAGAAGAAGAAGAGGAAGAAGAAGAGAUGACUCAACAACGACGACAACAAAGUAGUCAGGUAGAUGAAGAUGAAGAUCAAGAACUCAAUGAAGAUGCGCCAGGACGUAGCAGAAAGAAAUUCCGAAGCAAGGCUAUUAUAGAAGAUUCAGAGGAUGAAUCAGAUUAAUUUUUUUUUUGUUUAGUGAUUUAGUUUUUAUUCUUUAUUUUGUCACAAUAAACAACCUAUAGGAUACAAAAGUAUUAUGAUUAACUCCAGAAUAUAAAUAGCGAUUUUAUAACGAGAUCUCCAAAGGUUUCAUCUUCAAAGACGUUUCUUGGUGUAAAAGUUGAGAAAGGAAAAGAAAAACGGAGGCAGAGAAAGGAAGAAAAAAACUCAGGGAC